UUCAAAAAUGCGGUUUUAUCACGCUUACCUGAUAACUUUGCUUCCAGCCACGAUCUUACAGCCAUAAGAGAACGUCUUUCAGCUGCGGCGGCGGCGGGGUUGUUUUUCAAUUCCCAUCGUUGCCCUUUCAUGAAAUCCAAAUCCAUCUUCUCUCCACAAAACCCUUGUCUUAAAUCUAUCUUUUCAACACCGCUAGAGUCUCUUAUGGCCACUUCUCUAGACCUAAACGACGACUCUCUCUGCUCCAAUCCCCAGCAACAACAAACAGAAACCCAUGAAAAUUCAUCAGAAACGGCAUUGCUUGGUGAGCCGAGGGGGUACCUAAGCGGAGAGGCUCGUGUGGAGCGUGCAUGGGGUCAUUGGAGUAAACUGGGUCGGCCCAAGUUGAUAGUGGCUCCUAUGGUGGAUAAUUCGGAGCUGCCGUUUAGAAUGCUCUGUAGGAAGUAUGGAGCUGAGGCUGCUUAUACUCCUAUGUUGCAUUCCAGGAUUUUUAGUGAGAAUGAAAAGUAUAGAAGAGAGGAAUUCACCACUUGUAAGGAAGAUCGCCCCCUAUUCGUCCAAUUUUGCGCCAAUGAUCCUGAUAUUUUAUUGGAAGCAGCGCGGAGGGUGGAACCUUAUUGUGAUUAUGUGGAUAUCAAUCUAGGAUGUCCUCAGCGGAUUGCCAGGCGAGGUUACUACGGAGCUUUCCUGAUGGAUAAUCUUCUACUUGUGAAAUCUUUAGUUGAAAAAUUAGCUAUCAAUCUCAGUGUCCCUGUGUCAUGCAAAAUCCGGGUCUUCCCCAAAUUGGAAGACACAAUUAAUUAUGCUAGAAUGCUAGAGGAAGCUGGCUGCUCACUUUUAGCUGUCCAUGGUAGAACAAGAGAUGAGAAAGAUGGAAAGAAAUUUCGGGCUGACUGGAAGGCCAUCAAGGCUGUAAAAAGUGCUCUGAGAAUUCCAGUUCUUGCCAAUGGGAACAUACGGCACAUGGAUGAUGUUAGGACCUGUUUGGAAGAGACUGGUGCUGAUGGUGUGCUUUCAGCUGAGACCCUUCUUGAGAAUCCAGCUCUCUUUGCUGGAUUUCGGACUGCAGAAUGGGUAGAUGAUGGUGAAGAAGGCAACAAAGAUGGAUUGCUGGACCAGGCAGAUUUGUUAGUGGAGUAUUUGAAACUUUGUGAAAGGCACCCUGUGCCAUGGAGGAUGAUCCGUUCUCAUGUGCACAAGAUGCUAGGAGAGUGGUUCAGAAUUCAACCUCAAGUAAGAGAGGAUCUGAAUGCACAAUCCAGAUUGACCUUUGAAUUUCUAUAUGAUAUGGUGAAUCGACUUAGAGAGCUGGGUGUGAGGAUUCCACUUUAUUUGAAGGAAAAGGAUAGUCAUGUACAAGGAGUUCCUGAAGAUGGUUUGGCCAAUUGAAGCAUUAUCAUACAAGUUAAUCGGGUUGCAGGUGCUUAUUAUCCAUGCUUGUAGCACACUGAGAAUCAACAAACAGAUUAUCAUUAACUUAUACAGAUUGUUUUGUCGUUAGAUCUGUGCUAAAUUUCUAGAUGCCCAAUUAAGCUAAUCCAUUCGUCUAGGAGUCAGGGGUGUAGAGGGCAUUUUAGCAGUCAAAAAGCGGCACCUCAGAUUUACACUGGAUUCUUUAGGUUCCACAGUAAAUUCUUGGCAAGUGUCUUAGUUCUCCCUUUUGUUUUGAGUUUCGAUUUUUUUUAAAGCAUAGUUUUGAAUACCAGGGAGAUGUAACAGUAUUUUUUAGGUUUUUAUUUAUCAGAUGGGAAAGACACUGUCUUGUUUC